AUGCAAACCGCAGAGGCUCCUUUUGCUCACGUCCUCCGACACGAGGGGAUCCCGGAGAACAAUGUGUCAGAUUGUGGCCCUCAGUUCACCUUACGCGUAUGGAAACCGUUCAUGGAACGCCUGGGAGUCACGUCGGCUCUGGCACCUUGGCCUCCAAGCCAGACCGAGGACCCUGGGGUUUCGUCGGCACAAGGAACAGGCGACCGCCACCGCAGUGAGGCACCUGUCUUCUCUCCAAGCAACUGGGUCUGGCUCUCCACCCGGAACCUGCCCCUCUGCCUGCCCUGUCGGAAGCUAAGCCCACGGUUUGUGGGGCUGUUUAAAGGGGGCAGGAUAUUGAAAAUGGAAGGAUCAGCGACGCGCACUGUGAUAACGUCUACAAGCAGCAGCACGGAAAACUUUUCCACCUCUACUCUGGUUUACGACAGGCAGUUUCUUCGCACUGCUUCGGGGCUCCUCGUUUUCGCAGAAAUAGUGUUUGGUCUGCUGGUAUGGAUUCUGAUAGCAGGGACGGAGUACUUCCGUGUGUCUGCCUUUGGGUGGGUCAUGUUUGUGGCCAUCUUGUACUGGGUUCUGACGGUCAUCUUCCUCAUCAUCUACCUGACCAUGGCUUACAACAGGAUCCCUCAGGUCCCCUGGACAACUGUGGGUCUGUUCUUCAACAGUAGUGCUACAGUGAUGUAUGUGGUGUUAGCAGCAGUGGAUAUAGCCUCAAUCAGCCAUGCUGUUAAGGGACGCCAUAACUACAACUGCUGGGUAGCAUCCACAUUCUUUGCCUUCCUGGUCACACUCUGCUAUGCAGGAAGUACAUAUUUAAGUUUUAAAUUCUGCGCUCGAGGGAUGAGGAACAAUGACCAAUCACAAAGGACAGCUAAAGUAUAUCCGUUAUGGAACACAGGAAGGAUCUUGAAAAGUACACAUGGUUAA